UUUAGGGUUUCCUUACUUCCACGGUUACACUACUAUAUUAGGGUUCCCUUCUCAAGGAAGCCCAUAUUUCUUCUUUUUCUACAGAAGUUUCUUCAGGAAUUUUCUCUCAGAGUUUUAGCAAUGGCCGUGAAACAAACAAAGACGCAGAAAAAAGUUGCUUACGACCAAAAACUGUGCAAAUAUCUUGAUUUGUACAACCAGAUUUUGAUCGUUAACGCUGAUAAUGUUGGGUCGACACAGUUGCAGAACAUUCGUAAAGGUUUAAGAGGAGAAUCUGUUGUUCUUAUGGGGAAAAAUACUAUGAUGAAAAGAUCUGUAAGGAUUCAUGCAGAAAAAACUGGCAAUGAGGGUUUUCUUAAUCUCAUCCCUCUCCUUGUUGGCAACGUUGGUUUGAUCUUUACGAAGGGUGAUCUGAAGGAAAUAAAGGAAGAAGUCGCAAAAUACAAGGUUGGAGCUCCUGCACGUGUUGGCUUAGUUGCUCCAGUUGAUGUCAUUGUCCCUACUGGCAAUACUGGACUGGAUCCAUCUCAAACUUCCUUCUUCCAGGUUCUAAACAUUCCUACUAAGAUCAACAAGGGAACAGUUGAAAUCAUAACACCAGUGGAGCUAAUCAAGAAAGGUGACAAAGUUGGAUCAUCAGAAGCAGCUCUAUUGGCCAAGCUUGGAAUAAGGCCAUUCUCUUAUGGUCUUGUUGUGGUUUCUGUUUAUGACAAUGGAUCAGUGUUUAGCCCAGAAGUUCUUGAUUUAACUGAAGAUGAUCUUAUGGAGAAGUUUGCAACUGGAGUUUCAAUGGUCACUACUUUGUCUUUGGCUGUUUCUUACCCUACACUUGCAGCUGCUCCUUACAUGUUUGUCAAAGGCUACAAGAGUGUUUUGGCUGUUACUGUUGAAACUGAGUAUUCAUAUCCACAAGCUGAUCAAGUGAAAGAGUAUCUCAAGGAUCCUAGCAAGUUUACUGUUGCAAUUGCAGCAGCUGCUGAAUCUGGUGCUUCUCAAGGUGAUGGUGAAGUUGUUGAGACUAAACAGGAUAAGAAAGAUGAUGAAGCUGAAGAAUCUGAGGAUGAUGCUAUUUUCGGUCUUUUCGACGAAUAGAUUAUUAAUUUCUUAUAAGUUUAGUACCAAAGAACUUACUCCUCUACGUAUUUAAGUUCUGUUUUUGUUACUUGUUUUGAUGACAAUGCUGUUACAUUAUAGAUGUCUCCUGCAGUACUUUUA